AUGGUCAGAUUAAAUAAAGAUAUUCUCUAUUCUCUAUUUGAAUAUUUAGAAGAUAAUUUAUAUUCAUGUCUUUUAGUUAAUAAAACUUGGUGUGAAAUAAUUGUUCUAUUUUUAUGGAAAGAUCCUUGGAAUGGAUUAGUUUAUGUUCGUUCAGAAAUGAUAUUAUUGAAUGUAAUUAUAUUACACAUACAAGAUGAAGCAAAAAUUAAAGAGAUUUAUAAUUAUUUAGAAAAUAGUAAAAUCUAUAUGGCCUUACCUUUAUUAAAUUAUCAAAGACCUUUAUUAAAUUAUAUUAGUUUUUGUAAACAUUUAAAUUUAGGUUCUAUUAUGAAUAUAACCAAAAAUAUUAAUGUAAAAUCAAUUAGAGAGUUGGAACUUUUUAUUGUAAGUUCUAAGAACAAUUAUGAGAUUAUUAAAUUAAUUAAGGCUCAAAAAAAAUUAGUUAAUGUUUAUUUUAGAAGGUAUACUUACUGGGAACCACAAGAUGAACCACCAAUUCUCUCAUUUUGGGCAAAUUUAAAAAGUUUAGAAUUGCAUGGUGAUUAUUUAUUUGAAGAAAGCAAAUGGAAGUGUUUAGAAAAUUUAUCUUUACCUUCUUUACAAUUUUUAAAACUUCAAGAAUUUCCUGUCAAGUAUUUAAUAAGUUUAGUUGAAAGUACAAAAAGAUCACUUAUUAUAAUAGAACUUUAUAACAUCAUCUAUUUAAAGAAUGAGAAUGAAAGAAUUAUUCAUACUAUUUAUCAAAAUUGUCCGAAACUUAUAUAUCUAACAUUUACACCUCAAGAUGACAAUAUUUUAGAAAUAGAAAAAUUAUUAACUACUUAUAACUGGAAAGGAAGAAAUCCUAUAUUUUUAAAAUUACAAGGUGAGAUUACUAUAGAAAUGGAAUAUUUGUUAGAAGAAUAUGAAGUAAAAGGAAGAAUAGUCAAUUAUGAUGAAUGUAUAAGAUCGUAUCAAUUGGAAAUAACUGUAAUUGAUUGUAAUAUUGAAUUAUAA